GUGCUCGGGUUUCUCUGCCUGAACGAGGAGCAGUUAGGAUUUGACCCAAUGAUCAUUACCAUUGACGACAAGCGGUAUAUUGAGAUUAGCGGGAAAGUAGCAAAGAGCGCGCGAUGAGGAGGGCGAGUUACUGCGCGAGGCAACCGAGAUGGACGUAGUUAAUAGGGCGAGAUACUAUCACCAUGAGACGGUUCGUGCGGGUACGCAGGACGACGCCAUCGGCGGGAACGUGCGACAAGGUCUUGAUACAACGAAAGCGACAAACUACAGGCAACGAAACAUAAUAUCAUACCCAAGCACAGUUCUCUCACUCUUAAGAAAAGAUCGAAUCAGCAGCGCCGCUGGACGGAAGCGAUCCUCGAGUUGUACGAACACGUCUUUACCACCUAGCAAGCGAACCUAUUCGAGCUCUCCUGUAAAGGGAGGAAGGGCAAUAGUGGAUCGAGCGCACCGCCGCGUUAUUGUCCGAGACUAUAGGAAGCCUAUAUGUAUGGCGAAUUCUAGGACUAGCCUUUUGGCUACGCUAGAAGGCUGUAUCACAGGAUACGAGUCGCUGUAUAUAUGGGUCAGCAUGCUGCAAUGCGAUAUCUCUCCGAACAACCUUAUGGUGAAUGAGGAUAAGGGCAACCCCUCCUGGCACGCCUUCUUAAUCAAUCUAGACCUUGCUAUCAGUUGAACCAAAAGCUUUACAUAUUGUUCGCAAAAGAAUGGUAAUAGUUAGAAAGAC